AUGCCGCGCAAGAUCAACUUCAGCGUGGUCCAAGUUAGCGCCGAGGACGAAAACUUCCCCGCCUCUGAACUGAACCUGCACGGACCGACCGUCAAGGGAUGGCUCUCCAAAAAGUACUCAACAUACCCACAAGAGAUUGUUAUACAGCUGGAGACAAAAUGCCGCAUCUGUCGCAUCCAGAUCCUUUCCCACCAGUACUGCAUAGCCACCACAAUCGACAUCUACGUGGGCAACGUCCCCAAAGGACUCGACGUGGCUCUCUACAACGCCCGCUGGACUCAUUUAGGAGAAGUUUCACUGGCGGACAACCUGCACUCGGAGUACAAGUCGCGGGAGCUAAAGUCCGUGCUGGUGGACGCCAUUGGAGACUUCGUGAAGUUUUUGAUACACGCAAAUCACGUGAACAAGUACAACGUCUACAACCAGGUUGGAAUCGUUGCGUUAAACGUAAUCGGCGACGACGUGCAAGGAUUAGACGGCUCUGAAGAAGACGAGAAAACCACGUGGCAAACCAUCAUCAAGAGGAACGAGGAGAUUUCGCCCAUGGACGACCUAGCCUUCGACAUGUACGUGGAUACCGAGGUGGCGCAGAUACUGCGAAAGCUCGAGGCCAAGAAGAGGGACGCCAUUGCCGAAGAAAGGUUCGUGUUUGCAAAGAAACUGAAGAACGCUGUCGUGGAGCUUCAAAAGGUGGGCGAGAAGCUGGGCAAGAUGGUGAUUGAGAAGCAGAUGGCCGUCGAGAUGGAGGAUUUUGACCGGGCGCGCCAGAAGAAGCAGCACAUCGAGGAGUACCGCCUGAACGCCUACGAACACCUGCGGCUGCCCGAGCUCAUGGAGAUGGAAGGGUACAAUCCUGAGCGGGACUCAGCACUUCCAGGGCCUGUGCCCCCUCCCGAGAAGGUGGGCAAAGGCCUGCACGUGAGCAUGGACCCGCAACUGGAAGGUUCGGGGCCGGCUCGCAACGCGGGGCCCACCGAACAGCGGGCGGUGUCCCAGCAGCAGCAACAGCAGCAACAGUCGGCGCCCAGGCCGACCGCAACCAAGGCUCCCAAGAACUCGUACCUCGCACUCGAGAACAGGCUCGUGGCUGGAGCGCGCAAAGUUGAAAGCGAAGAAGACGGCAAAGAGCUGGUCUUGGGUCGGAUGUCACUGAGGGACCGUCAAGAGGCUGCUCUUCCUAUUGAAGUCUUUGGACUACGGCUGGUACAGAAGCUGUACUCCAAGAACUUCAUUCAGCGAGAAGAGGCCUUCAAGGAAAUGCAGCGGUUCCUGGAGCGCUACAACUCGCGCCGCAGUCGCCACUCGGCCGAGGACGUGCUCAAGGCCGUGACUUUUCUGCUUCAGAGAGGGGCCCGCGACAAGGUGCUCUCGGUUUUCAUACAGGCCCUGAAUUUGAUGCAGACAUUGUUCACGCGGUUCACAAUAGUCCAGCGAAUAUCGAAAGGAGACGUGACCGUUGCUAUAAACAAGACUGUUCCGCGGAUUCUCUACCGCACAGGCGACACCGCAGCCCCCAGAGUGAAGUCUGUAGCUAUCGACUUUCUCCUGGAAAUGGGUGACUACGAGGACGUUAAGGUUGUUCAAGCGAUGCUCCACAUCAUCCUCCGACCUUUCCCCGAGUCAACAAACCCGAGGCUCGCUCAGGGUCGUUGCGAGCUUGUAGAGCAGCUUGUCGCCAGGUUUCCACCUUUGAGCCAAAGCGAUCCACUGUUCGAGCACAUGAUGGCCUUUGCCAUCCGGGCGCUGUCUCAUCCGUCACUACAAGUGCGCGAGGUGGCCGAACAGAUUCUGCUGUCGCUGUACCGACUGCUGGGUACGCCCGUGCGCCAGUGCCUCGUUCCAGAGUCCACAAAGACUUCCAGGAACUUCACAUACAAGAAGGUCUUCGAAGAGUUCGAGAAGAUUGACAAGGAGGUACAGCCCGGUAGCGCCCAGCGAGCUCCACGGCGGCAGCGGUCAGCGUCGGCCGACAGCCCCAGUUCGGGGUCAGGCCGCCGGGAUUUCGUGAAGGAAGUUGCCGCGCCCUCCAGCCGGUCCCUACAGGAGUUGCCCAAGGCGUCGCAGCAGGAUCAAUCCACGCUAAACUUGGAUAAGAUGUGCAUAUUCUGUGAAGAAACCAACGACAAGUUCAACGCGGAGACUCUCAACUACCACUACUGGACGGAGUGUCCCAUGCUUAUGCUGUGCUACAACUGCAAGCAGGUGGUGGAAAUCUCUGGGCUGACGAGGCACCUCCUCGAAGAGUGCGUCUCUCGCAGCCAAUACAGGUUGUGCGUUCGGUGCAAAGAGGCGAUCGCGAAGACCCGCUUUGACGGCCACGUCAAGCUGAAAACAUGUGUCCUGGCCAAGCCUCCCCACCAAGCCAAUCACUGUCCACUCUGCCACCAGAACUUCGCACCGGGCGACGACGCCUGGAAAGUGCACCUCAUGAGCGAAGUGGGCUGCCCGUUCAAUCCGAGGAGGAGGAAUAAGUUUUUCCGGUGGCGUUCAGGUGAUGCAUGGCCACGGCUUGACAUUCCGAAUACUGACAGCAUGGCGGGAAAACUGAAGAUCCUGGGCGCGCUGCCGCCCGAGUACCGCCAGUACACGCUGCACCACUCGCGCAGCAAGUCGGAGCCGGCGCCGGCCAAGCGCAGCUCUGGCACCCAGACCAACGACGAAGACGACGAGCCCAAGGCCCAGUGA